AUGGAAAUGUCCACACAGACGAGCAGGACAGGCCCCGUGCCGCCAAAAAGGCGGUCCAAGUCACGUUGUAAGCUGUUUCCUCGCAUCAAAUGCGACGAGCAGGUACCCUUCUGUGGUCCGUGUUUGAAAAGGGGGUUUAGCUGCCCGGGGUACCAACAACCGAUGAAAUGGCGUCACCUGGAUGGAUCUGGACAGUCCACGCAGAAGCCUGGCGGGGAGGCGCACCGCAAACAUUCUUCAGAGGAUGGCACUGAUACAUGUACUCAAAUUGACAGCGUCAAGGGUAUUCGAAAACCUCGCGAAUCGGCACCGAGUAUUGCCCCCACUACCUCUGACACCUCAGUAGAUACAAAUGAACGACAAAGAGACAACGGCCAUGAUAUUACCACGGAGUCACAUGAGCUCGGCCACAUUGCUGAUCAUGGUUACAGCAGCUCCAGCUGCCUUUUCACCCAGAACUUCUUGAAUGAUCUGGCUACAGAAGACAUCUGGAACGUGGGCAACGACGUCAUGGAGUCAUUGCCAGCUAACAGUAUAUUGGAUGCAGAACGUCUGUGCCCUCUGUUCAAGCCACUGGAUGACAAGACCAUUAUCCUUUCAACCCAUUACUUUUCCAAUGUGUGCCCAAUAAAUUCCUGUUUUGAUUCACACUUGAACCCUCUUCGCUCUGUCAUCGCAGACUUGAUGAAUUCCUCCCAGUUGGUCUUCCACGUUGUCAUGAUGACAUCGGCCUCUCAUCUCUGUCACCAGCAAAAGGAGAUGAUUUCUGUGGCACGACAGCACCGACGAGAUGUCAUCUCAUAUCUGAUAGAAAACAGACACGUAACUGAAAAGGGGAGAUUUGAAGCUAUACUGGGUAGUGUGCUAUUGGGCAUGACAUCUGCUUGGCAAGAUUCAAGUGCGCUCGGGAUAUCUCAUAUUCACACUGCUCGUGCACUUUUUCAACAGUCAACAACCGGGCCCAAACCAUCGAACGAUCCUCAGUCCACAUCUUUUUUGGCCGGGAUCAUGGCUUAUUGGGAAGCUAUGGUAUCAAUUAUUACCCCACAGUGUCCACGUUCUCUUGACUACCUUGCGCCAUUCUGCGAGCAAGAAAAUCACGAUACGCUGGUUUACCCGAAUCCAUGGACUGGUGCCUCGACUACCAUAUUUAUUUACGCCGCCCAAGUGAACGCUCUUUGUCACCAAAACCGCCUUACAAAGUACCUCUCUACCUCGAUACAUUCUACCGACGUUCGUGAAAGUAUCUCUCAUGAGCAGUCCACAAAGGCAGGUGAGCUGGAGGAAAAGGUCUUGCAUUAUUCUCCACCCAUAUCCAGUCGCAUUGGAGAUGCAGACGAUCGGUUUACGCCCGUGUCGCACUUUCAAUGUCUGGCACAAAUCUAUCGAUUCUCUGUGCUAGUUCAGUUAUAUCUCACGUUUCCAAAUCUUUUGGACAAGUCAAACACAACAAUGUCAACCCUCGAUACGGAACCAUCAUAUGGGACGAUCCAACGAUCGCCCAAUGAGACUGUGGUAGGGUUGGCUGUCAACAUCCUGAAUCUUAUAUCAUCAGUUCCGGAAUCAUCCGGUAUCAAAGUUCUCUUAACGGUACCACUUAUAAUUGCCGGGAGUGCUUUACAGAAAGUCCAAGGUCAUAAUAAAGACAUCGGUAUUCCACAUCAUACGACUACUUUCAGUAUCGAACAAGAGAUUCUGUCUUUGCACUGCUCGGAUUCCAUGAUCCUUCACUGGCGGUCUCUUGUGCGACACAAAUUGAAAGUGCUACAUGAAUGUAUUGGUCUUGAUCCAAUCCUCCGAGCUUCGCAGAUCCUUGAAGCAGUUUGGAUCAGAUCAGACCUAACUGUUUCAAACAGAACGAAUGCUUCUACCCAAGUAUUAAUCCAUUGGUUGGAUGUCAUGGUUGAGGAGCGACUAGAAUCAAUCUUUGGCUAG